AUGUCUCUUACAGCACAACUGCUUCUUGGGCUACCACCACAUAUUUUGAAGAAAAUUAUAAGUUAUUUACCCCAACAAUCGUUGAUCAACCUUGCUACUACAAACUAUGAAUUUUACCAUCCGUGCUUGCAAAGGCUUUAUUCUCGAAUAGUAAUAACAGAAACUCCUCCUUUGCGAAGCUAUGCUAGUCUUAAGCCCAAGUCUAGAAGUAGCGAUGGUGGUGUCACUGAUCUCUUAACUGCUCGUAAAGUGGAUUUGCAAGAUGGAUCUCGUGUAACUAUUUAUGGGUUUCGUCAUUCUCAUGAUUAUGAACUAAACUUGAGAAUGGUCCAUGCAAGAUUGGUCGUGCUUCUUCAAGCCUUGGAGAUCAAUCCCGAUUUGGUUUCUUAUAUUCAGGAGGUUCAUGUUUUUGGAGAAUUUAAUGAUGUGAUCAUUAAUGAUAUACAGAAAUUGGCUGAUAAAUUGAGUCUGUUGGAUUGUUUUUAUAUAAGCAAUGCUUCUCUUCGUCAAGUUUUGAAUCUAGAUAAACUCUGUUUGAAAAAGUUUGUUAUUGUGGAAGGAAACGGUAUCAAUCAGCAAGAAGAACACCACCACUAUGUCGAACAAAACAAGAGACAACUUGUUGGUAGUCAAGUAUCGUUGUCGCCUAGUCAAUUAACAUCCUUGAUACUAGCCGAUGAUGAAUACAGUUAUUGGUCCUGGUUUCGAAAAGCGGUUUUUGCUAAACUGAUUCAAUUCCCCAAUAUGCGCAAGUUCAAGUUGGUUUUCAACCUGAGUGACAUGAAUAUGAAUACAUUGUUGGUAAAUAGUAUUACUUGGGACAACAUGCAAGAGUUGGAACUCAUUAUCCCCUAUACAACAGAAAGUUCCGACCCCGAUGAUUACGUUCUUGACUGUUUAACUCUACUCCCUUCUUCAUUUCCUAAGCUAAAGAAACUUUCCAUUGUGCAAGGUUCUGUUUUUCCCACACAUGCAGCUAAUGAAUCGUUUGAUUUGAACAUUUUGAAUUUUGUUUCACAAGUAUGUUCAAACCUUACAUACUUGUCUAUAAAACAUAAAUUACCAAUCUUGGGCAACUUUCCCGAUGGUGUAGAAGGAAAUUAUCGCCGGAGAUAUGACAUGUUCAUGACCGUUUUGCCUAAAAUCAUUAAUAGGUACUCGUCAAACAAUCGAUUAACAUUGGUUCUACCUAACCUAUUUCAAACAUUUGCAUGCUAUGAACAAUACAUGAACACUGUUUUAUUCAAUGGUUGUAAAUGUGAACAUUGUGACGAAUUCUUAACCAAAUUAGACGAUUACAUGAUGCAUCAUAAAUACCACUGUAUUGACACUCAUCAGUACAAGGAUAUGAAUGUUUCCCAUUUAUUUUCCGUUAUUGGUGAAUUUUUAAACCAUAGAAUGAUUCAAGAUGACUUAAUCACUCAAUUAGAUCAACUAUCGUUCCCAUUAUGGAAUCAUCAUUGGGAUUUCCAUAAGGUAACAAAUCACACUGAAAGACAACCUUUCAAAUGUUAUGAGAAAAAAGUUAUUGAUCAUGGAGAAUAUGACGAGGGUGCGACAUCAGACGUUAUCUCGACUGAUGAGUGUGAAUUUACAAAAAGACUUUAUGCUAACAUUCCGAAAUGUAUUAGUCAUUAUACUAAUGAUAUGGUUCAGGCAAUAUUGAAUCUACACCGAGGCAAUGCAGAGAGGAGAGCAGACGAACAAGAACAUACUCAUAUCAGCGGAGUAGAUAGUGACGUCUUUGCUGAUACAUUAAAAGAUGGUGGUGAUUUGGAUACGUUGCGCAAGUUCAACAUUAGAAAGAUUAUUAUCAAUGGAAUUGUAUAUAAUAUCGGCUCGGAAUUGAACGGCACACAUUAUUAUGUAAACGUGUAUGAUGAUGAGUAA